GUAGUUCAGAUUAAUUUUUUGAGGUGGCAUCAGCCAAGUUAAGGUUCUCGGCUAUCAAAAUAUAGAUCCAAACUUCGUGGCUUUUUACGGCCGGAGGCGUCAAUUUUCUGUGUUAGGGUUUCGUUCUCUCGAAAGGGCCAUUUUCGUUUUGCGCGACGAUGGCGUGGAAAGCUCAAUUGUCUCGCAAUCUGAAGGAGAUUCGUUUCCUUUUCUGCCAGACUUCGCCGGCCAGUGCGCAGACCCGGGAAUUUCUACACGCGAACUACAAGGAACUGAAGACGCUGAACCCCAAACUCCCCAUCUUGAUCCGCGAAUGCAGAGGAGUUCAGCCUCAGCUUUGGGCGAGAUAUGACGCCGGCGUCGAGAGAUGUGCUCAUUUGGAUGGUUUGAACGAAGCUCAAAUUAACAACAAACUCGAGGAACUUGGUAAAGCUUGACCGGAUUCAUCAUGUGCUCUGUUUGGGACCUCAUUAAAUAAAUGGCCUCUUUGUAUCUGCCUGUCAUUAGACUGAUGGGACGAAAAUACCUCUUGUUUUCUCCUGUCGUGUUCUCAAAAGAAGCGGGACACUAUAUUUAUCUGAGUUUCAACUUGGAUUGUUUUAACUUCUGAUGUAAUGGAAGGCUUUCUCAUCGGGGUCUUCCUCUGCUAAAUUAUUUAUUUAGAUGCGAAUAUCUUCAUCAUUAAUCA